AUGGAUUCAACGCCGCUCAAGUACCUGGGGAUCUGCCUAACGACAGCCAAGAUCAUAAAACUACCGUACCAUAUCCUCGACGAUCUCGAUGUGGCAUACAACCAUCUGCAACAGCAGCCGCCAUCGAUCAAAAUCAACGACCGCAUCGAGGUGCUUCAUCAUAAGAUCUUCCAGGCCUGCAUCGCCUGUCCCAUCUUUUCCGAGGUGCUGUUGAUAGUGCAAGCUGAGUAUACAGACGGAAAGAUCACUUCGGACGGGGACGAAGCAAUUUACUCGACCAUACAAGCCGACGAGAACUUCAUGCUGUGGCUUGAGCAAAAGUGGGCUGAUAAGUCGCAGUCUUGUGCGACUGACGUUCCAAUGUCGUACAGGGAGUUCAUCAUAGCCCACCUUUUCCGGUACCAUGGAGAAAUGAAAGAAGCCUUGAAAGAGGAAAAGGAGCGCUGGGCGCCUCCAGGCGCGUCUGCCGACGAGGGCGACCCACACUGGAAAGACCUGAAGACCGCAAUCAAAGAGUCGAAAGGGAAGGGAUCCGGCGCUGUUGGCACAUCGAGCAGUGGCACUAGUAACGGUACGGGCGCUUGA